UCUUUGCUCAUUAUUCAACCCAUAAACGCAUAAUACCAUAAAAAUAAUAAAAAUAAUAAAAAUAAUAAAUAAGAAGAAGAAAAGAAACAAACUCAAAGUUCAGUCCAUACAACCUUUCUGUGCCUAGUUCUACUUAGAUACAUCAGCACCCGCUUAUCGGGUUUUAAACAUGAUCCGGUCCACAUUAUCAUCAUCAUCACAUAAUCGCCCAUUUCUUCUUCUUGUCCUGGAUAUUCCAGCCUUGUCCUAUUGAAACUCCUCGACCUAACUACCUAGGGAACAUCUCUCAUCCAUCAGUCUUCAGCCACACCCUUUCCUCACAUGGCUAGAAAUAAAAAGGGCGGUACAGGCUCGCGGUUCAAGGGUCAGCAAUUCCCUCGUCGUAAUGGUGGUUUCCGUGCAAACCCAUCCGGAGGGAAUGGCAGCAACAUUUCGCCCUCAGCCUCCCAAGGCUUUGUGCGAGCCCACGGUUACACGCUUGCUGAAGAGGCUAGGAACACUGCAUUCAACCGCCGUGGAGCCCUUGGUCGCGAUGCACAAUUAAGAUAUAAGCCCGUUGCUUUUAUAAGUGCUGGCCUUAUGGAGCCAUUGAAGGAUCUGGAGAUGCAACUAACCACUGUCGACGAGGCUCAAGUAAAUGCGGAUACGACUAGUGAGCCUGCUACUGCAGCGGUAGAUACUGUUCUGUCCAAGGACACCGCUUCGUCUCAUCCAAAUCCAACCCUCGAUAGAGAGUCGAAUUUUGGCCAAUUAUCGGCCACGGAGCUGUCCAAACUUAGCGCUGCCAAGGGUAGUUCGGUACAGAAAUCUCGACAACAUUCAAACCUCUCAUCAGACCAGGAUCUGGAUUCUAGCGAGGAAGUUAUAUUAUUCAAGGGCAGGGAUCGCAGUCGUCAAGAGCCGAUCCCAGCUCCGGUAGACCUAGGCCAAGAUGAUGCGAGUAAUAAUUCGUUUAAACUUCGAGAGUUAGAUCGUGAGAUUCAAGUCGUUGAAGAGACUCUCCAUCGAGACACGGCCAAUCCAGACAAUGGUGCGAAGAUGGAUGAUUAUAUAUCUCUUGAUUCUAAACCUAAGACACGUGGUAAGCAGCGGAAAAUAAGAAAAAGCUCGACAUCAGACGAGGAAGCAGCUAUGAUUGCCGAUUACAUGGCAAAUAUGAAGGAUUGGAAGGAAGAGGAGGAUGCCGAUGAAGAUGUAGUUGACUUAGACCUCGGAUUUCAUACUUUUAAUAUUUUGAGAGACCUCGGUGGCACUGAUAGCGAUGCUGUUCCCGGUGGAUUUUGCAGUGAGGUUGGUACGGACGAAGGCUCCGAGGAUGGUGUUGGCUCAGAAGAUCAAGAACGUCGCCUGAAUGCAGAUGAACAAAUGGCCCGCAUGCUCGCAAAACAGGAAGGCCUGGGUUUGGGUGGCGACGAUAUAGUACUAUUUGAUGGCGAGGACUCCGGCGAUGAGUGGUCGACAGCCCCUAAGGUUCACCCGCGUCGUAAGAGAAAAGGCGAUUUAAAGAGGGCCAAGAUCACACAAAAACAAGGACAAUAUCCUAGUGCAACACAAAUGGCAGACGCCUUUGACGAGCUGGAUCUCAUGGACUGGCAUCGGCCAAGCCUCAACAACUUCAAAAAGGGGCAGCCGUCAUUCAAUGUAUCCGAUUCUGAGCUUGAGGAAGUUAUGAAGUCAACCUGGCAGAAGGAUCGUCUUAAGAAGGCGGAGAAGAAGAGAGCUCGCGAAGAAUUGCGUUCACAGGGGUUACUCGGCAAAAACAUCGACCGUGAUGAUCCUCGGGUUAAGUAUGUUGGAGGCAUGUCUCUUGACGAUCUUGCGGACGAGCUGGAAAAUUUCCUUCUGGGCUCUCAAGAACAACUCACUCUACCACCGUUUGAUAAAGCCACUCGCAAAACUAUCCAUGCCCUUGCCAACAAGUUCAAGAUCAAGUCGCAGUCAGCCGGCAAGGGCAAGGAUAGGUAUCCGGUUCUUUACCGCUCCAAAGCUACUCUUCGAUUUGACCAAAAUACUUUCGACAGAACAUUUAACCGCAUCAAGCAACCAUGGUUUCCUCGUGUUGACGUCGACGAUAAGCUAGUAAAUGAAAGUCGAAUACUCAAACGAGCCGAAGCUCGGAACGGCAAAAGUCGGUUCAAAAAUACACUCACUUACCGUGAUGGUGACGUUGUAGGCCAACAUGCCGCAGAGUUAGGUGUAGAGAAUAAAGGCAGAGCGAUGCUAGAAAAGAUGGGUUGGUCCAAGGGCAUGGCUCUAGGAACUGAGGAAAAUAAGGGGAUCAUGGUACCUAUCACACAGGUGGUCAGGAAAUCCAAGGCGGGACUUGGUGAUGCGUAAACGCUACACCUAAACACUCAGGCAUCUUAUUUAUCGAGUUUCUCUAUGUAAAUCCACCUUCAUAACAGCAUAACCAGGCACAGGUGGUUCAUGUAUGUCCAAGAUACAACUCUAGUACACAUAAUAUCUGUUGUUUUAAUAUUAGGGGCAGCGCCAUAUCACAUGUAUUUUUUAUGUCAUAGGAAACAUUGAACACAAGCAAAUUGAAUUGUA